AGUAUUUGGUGCUGCUAUACUGCUGACAUCCUCCCUCAACAUGUUAAUACCAUCUGCAGCCAGGGUGCACUAUGGGUGUGUCAUCUUCGUUAGGAUCUUGCAAGGCCUUGUAGAGGGGGUCACCUACCCUGCCUGCCACGGUAUUUGGAGCAAGUGGGCCCCCCCAUUAGAAAGAAGUAGGUUAGCAACCACUUCCUUUUGUGGUUCCUAUGCAGGAGCUGUUAUCGCAAUGCCUUUAGCGGGAAUUCUAGUGCAAUAUACUGGGUGGUCUUCUGUGUUCUAUGUGUACGGGAGCUUUGGUAUAGUCUGGUAUAUGUUUUGGCUUUUGGUUUCAUAUGAGAGUCCUGCAAAGCAUCCUACGAUCACGGAUGAAGAGAGGAGAUACAUAGAAGAAAGCAUUGGAGAGAGUGCCAACCUCCUAGGUGCAAUGGAAAAAUACAAAACUCCAUGGAGGAAAUUUUUUACAUCUAUGCCAGUCUAUGCAAUAAUUGUUGCAAACUUCUGUAGAAGCUGGACUUUUUACUUGCUGCUUAUUAGUCAGCCUGCGUACUUUGAGGAAGUGUUUGGAUUUGAAAUAAGCAAGGUGGGUAUCUUAUCUGCUGUGCCGCAUUUAGUGAUGACAAUUAUUGUUCCUAUUGGGGGACAAAUUGCAGACUUUUUAAGAAGCAAGCAGAUUCUUUCAACCACUACUGUGAGAAAGAUAAUGAACUGUGGAGGUUUUGGUAUGGAAGCAACUCUUCUUCUUGUGGUGGGAUAUUCUCACAGUAAAGGAGUGGCUAUUUCAUUCUUAGUGCUUGCUGUCGGCUUUAGUGGGUUUGCCAUAUCUGGAUUCAAUGUCAACCACUUAGACAUUGCCCCGAGGUAUGCCAGCAUCUUAAUGGGGAUUUCUAAUGGAGUCGGGACCUUGUCUGGAAUGGUUUGCCCUAUAAUCGUCGGAGCAAUGACAAAGAAUAAGACACGUGAAGAGUGGCAGUAUGUCUUCCUCAUCGCUGCUUUAGUUCAUUACGGAGGUGUUAUCUUCUAUGGCAUAUUUGCUUCAGGAGAGAAACAACCUUGGGCAGACCCUGAACAGACAAGUGAAGAGAAAUGUGGCUUUAUUCAUGAAGAUGAACUUGCUGAAGAGACAGGGGACAUUACUCAGAAUUAUGUAAAUUAUGGUACCACCAAGUCUUAUGGUGCUACAACCCAGGUCAACGGUGGCUGGCCUAAUGGCUGGGAGAAAAAAGAGGAAUUUGUACAAGAGGAAGUACAAGACUCAUACAACUACAAGGAGGGAGAUUAUUCAUAACAAACCUAAAUAUUGGGUAUAUUUUGUAGUGUUUGUGAUUAAAUUCAUUGUGAUUGUUUGCACACAAAAAUAAAAUGUGGUAUAAACAUGUAAACACAUAUCAAACAGGAAGGUCUUACUGUAAAAAAAAAAAAAAAUCCAUAAAGUGCAAUCUGUAUGAGUUGUGACAUGUCAUCACUUUCAUUAGGUUAUAUUUGUUCUAUAAACAUUAGAGUUUUAAGGGUUUACUGGUAAAAACUAUAGAGGCAAUUAGAUACUUACAGUAUACAAGAGCUAAAACUCAUAACUGAGGAUUAAAGCACAACUAAGCAACCAAGUUGGCACAUCUAAUGCUCUUUUUAGAAAGCCAAAAUUACUUGAUCAUUAAAAAUGCACUUAUAUAUUUGUUACACUGUAUUGAAAGAGAUUGUGUUAAAUACACACGUUUACUCAGUGCAAUGUAGGAAUUGUGUGUUUAGCCUAAGACAAGAGCUUUCUUAAAGAAGAAAGGUUGAGUCCUAGGCAUUUACGGAGGAUUGAUCCAGUUCCUUUAGUGGAAAUUGUAUCAAGCCUAAAGAACAAAUAGGGCAUAUUGUAUGUUUAUUGUGAUUACAUGCUGCAGGCUACUCUGUGAUGAAUAAAGGAAUUAUUUAGGAGUUUUAUACUGAAUGCUUGGGCACAAAUUCUUAGUUCUAUUCUUUACAGAAUCCUAUGAAAUUAUAGGCAUUGUCAUGUUCUCCCCUGCACUUAUCAACUAAUAUAAAAACAAUAUAUCAUGUUAAGUCUGACUUUUCAUGCAGACUGUCAAAUCCCUUUAUAAAAAAACAAGCUUUAUUAUUCUUUUCUUUGCAGUAUAUUCCAGCUUUGUACUGGUGUCUUUAGAGAGAGAGAAAAAAACAAUAUAACCUAGAAAAAGAUAUAGUCUUUUACAAAAUUCCAAAGAGAAAUUUACUAUGAGCAAGUAGCCCUAUGGAAAAGGUUGUAUUUCUUUUGCAGAAUAUUUUGAAGCCAAUAGAAGAAACAGAGAAUAAUUUAACCCUUAUUCUUCCCUUAAUAGCUUUCAUAUUUUUACACAUCGUGCCACAGUUGUAUACAUAGAUAUAAGUUUAUUGAAGAUACUGUAACUAUAGAAAAUGUUGCUAUUUUAGAAAUCCCAGAAAUAAAAA